UCUCUAGUAAGUUUUUGUUCUUUAUUACUUGUUGAUGCUCUUUGCGGUGUUAAAUUAACUUGACGCACUGGGAUAAGCGUUUACGUUGUAUUUUGAAAAGCGUGCAGUUUUUUUAUUUGUUUUUAUUGAGAUUCGAACGACCAGUGUCUACAGGUGUUGCAUCAAGUCAACAAACAAAUGAUCUGAAGUUUCAAACAUUUGGUGAAAUUAUCAUAGAACGAUAUGCGUCGUCUAACAACAUGGUUGGUUUGCACGUGUGUGUGGAUCACGUGCCUACAUGUAAGACUUAUCAUUGCAUUCAAGGAAUAUCAUAGCUGCCAGAAUGUGAAAGACGACAUUGGUUCAAGCGCAGUCGACGGGGAGUAUGUUGUGUUUUUACCAUGGAAAAAGACCGUGGGCAUUCCGGUGUACUGUUAUAAUUUACAGACGCCAAACCCACGUGCUUUCAUAACUCUGAACUCGGGAAGAACAUCUAACUUCGCGACCUUUUAUGACAAUGUUGGUUCGCCGACGGUUUACGCGGACAAGUACCCGAAUGGGAUGGCAACGCAGCGGGGCCGCACGGAGUUCUCGCGGAUAUCAGUCAUGCUGGAUACGCUCACUUUAGACACGGGCGACUUCACGUUCGCCAACACGACGGGACCUAACACUAUUCGGUAUGGCGAGGCGGGGGACCAAUACGCGGGCUCAGCGGAAUGUGCGCCAAUGGGAACCUUCCAGAUCGACCUCUCUGGUACCCCGUUUACUGUGAGGGCCGGGACACGGUGGAGCUGGUCUGGCUUCUUCGUGCGAGGCAACGUGUCGCAGGGACAAGCGGUCGUUGAUGACGACAGCUUCGUGGGUUGCUAUGCGGACAAAUGGGAGCGCGUGCUGCCGUCUUACAAAGUCACCAUUGUCAACAUGACCAUCGAGUACUGCAAGUCGCACUGUCUCGGGAAAGGGCAGGGGUUCUUUGGCUUGGAGGUAAAGUCUGUCAGAAUAACAACUAUUGUCAACACGGCCAUUAUGGCGAUCCCUAGCAACAGCCGCUUACAAAAAUUGAACCACGGAUAAUUAUCACCAGCAGCGUUUGCUAUAGCAGAACGCAGUAAACACAUACAAUACAUCAACACUCACCAGCUAGCGCCAGCGUCUUCCAGCAAGAUUUGCAACGGCAUCACAGUCGCCACCGCACCAUAAGCCAUAAAUUACGUGCACAAAUUCACGAAAAACGAUCGACAAUAGGACAAUACUCAUAAACAAGAACUGUCGGAGUAAAGGGACCUUUUCACACCCGUGCUCAUACAAUGAGUGAUGUAUUUUAUACUUUACAUAAGCAAUCCUCGUAGUGUCACAAAAUAUAACGACUGCAAUAGAACUCUCCAAAUUAUUCAAUCGUUUUGCGUUGCAACACUUUAUACUUUUUAGGUUUUUAAAUCGUCAAAAGAUGCAUAUAAUGGAUAUUUUAGAGCAUGGUAAAUGUUUAGUAUUACUGUUUUCUCAUAAAAAUCAUAACUACAACGAAGAAAAUUUGCGAAUCUGAAACAUUAUUUUUUCAAUUUUGUCAAUUUAUCAAAACGUGAAUAGAUUCCUUUAAUCCCACUCGUUCCUAAUUUAAUCCCAUGCUAGAUCUGGAUAUAAGGCAGUUAUUACAAAGGAACUACGCAAUAUCUCAAUUUUCUCUUGCGUUAUUAAGCGGAAACCAUUUAUAUUUAAGAACAGGGACAUUUAUCUUCACUCUCAGAUAACGUUUCGAAGAAACGCAUACGUAUGUAAUUACAUGACAGGAUCUCAAUUUAUUUUAGACAUCCUUCAUGUCACAUGAAAUACUAGCAAGACUGGAUUUUGGUAUUGUAAAUGUAUUCUUUAAUUUUUGAGCAGAAAAACUUUUCUUAAUUUACAAAACAUGAUUUUGAU